GUAUGAAAUGUACCAUUUAGCUUCAGUGUAGGCAGUUUAUUUUCUCUUGCACAAACACUGAAUAUCACCUCACAAAAACAUCCUAGCUGGACAGGCCUGAGAGGAACUGCCUCCUGCUGCUUCAUUCGUAUGUUAAUUUUGAUUGCAUGCUUUCUCUUGGACACGCUUACUCAGUGGAGGGAAGAGAUUUACGGUACACUGCUUUUCAUAUCAAAUAAAAAUGCGCUAUAGAGAAGUGUUCAACUAGUGAUGUUCACAGCUGCUCUUGUCUUUUUUGUGCUCUGGUCAUACUGCAAUACAUGCUUAAAGCAUUUUCUGAACGAGCCCAAGAGCAGAAGGAAAACUGCCCUGGGGAAUAGUAAAUGUGAACUUGAUUGUUAAGCGUUACUCAGUUGUGCUGUUAGAAAGAGGUCUGCCUUCCACUUCAGAAUUAUUUUUUUAAAAAAUAUAUAUGUUAAAGCUUUAUGACCUUAUAGGUCAGUUCACCCAGUCUAGAUUGACUUUGCUGCUGCAGGGCCUCAUCUCUUUUCGGUAUGUAUUUGCCUAGAACAAAAAGAAGAUGUUAGUUACAGCCUUGAACGCGCUAGGCAUAAAUCUAAAUUACAGGACCUAUUGCAGUCUUGUUGCAGACUUCCUUGUAUUUCUCUUUCAAGCCCUGCAUGUUAUGUUAUACGCUCCAGCGCUUCUACCUUAUUAAGGAGAAGUGGUUAUCCUCUGUGCCUUGUGAUCUGCUCAUGAGGAGGUAAGGAACAGGCCUGUUCCCAGCCUGCCGCAGCACCUUGCUCUCUGUUUGGCAAGGAGCUCUGGCUAGCUCUGCGUUUAUAUUUGAAACAAAAAGCAAAUGACAGCUGCUACAACUUCCAGUCACUUGGUUCUGAAACAAAAAAUACAGAUUUAAAAUGUUUUUAGACUGACCCUUCAAAGGUUGUAUUCUUCUUGGGCCUUCUGAGCCGCACCAAGCGGUCCGCUUGCCUCCCAUGUGGCAACGUGAGAAGGUCAGUGCUGCCUGUUGGCUGGGAGCAGGUGCUGCGUCUGGGCAGAGUUCUGUGUACGCUGAAGGGAUGGAAGUGGGCCGCCCAGGCCUUCUUCCUGGGAAAGCAGCCCCCAGAGGACAUGGGCUGUCUCGGGGUGGGUUGGACCUUAGGAGGAUCCUUUGCAUUGCUUCUGUACUGAGCAGGGUUUGCAGGGCAGAACAUGUGCCAGGGUGUGCUUGCCCUUGGAUGCUAAUACUUGAAGUCCCUAACAGCAAAGUGAAAUCUCUCUUAAUAAGAACAGAGUAUGUAUUGGAGGGAUUUUUUUUUUUUUUUGAAUGUGUCUUGCUGUCUGUUUUGACCAGUUACAGUAAAAUAAAGAUAUUAGUUCUCUGUUCUUUUGAUGAAUGCAUAUGACAAUGUGUAUUUCUCAAACUAUGGUAGUUCUCAGAAGGCACUGGUUUUGCUGGGGACAGAUAAAAAGAUGACCUGGUGAAAUAUACACGUUGAUUUUCUUCCACGGAGUCUGUAAAUCUACUACAAGAUUUAGAAGAUGAAAGGUGGUGAGUGGCAUGCUGUCUCCCAGUUCUGGUAUCUCUGCCACCUGGUUUGUGCAGUUAAAAGAUAGCAGUACUCUAUUAGCCGUUUUGUUUUGUUUUGUUUUCAUGUGUAGAACAUAUCCAAGUAUCUUAUGACAAAGUGAGGCCAUGAAUAGAGCAGGUCUGCAGAGCACUUCUCUGUCCUUGCAUUUCUCUGCAAAGGCCCUGGCUUGCACUGAGUUCCUGUUGAUCCUUAGCAUCAUUGUGCGACUCUAGAAACUGCAAUGUCAGCACAUAGGUGUAUACAUAGGGAGCAUCUUUCAGCAGCCCUCCAGAAGAGUUUCUUUGUGAAAGGAAGCGCUCAGAGUUGUUCUACAGCUUUGGAAACCUUCAUGUUUUACUUUCAUUAUUUUAUUUUUAUUUUGUAACCUAGUUGUAAAAUGUUUACUGUUGCAUAGUGGUGACUAGGGGAAUGGAGCCUGGACUUGCCAGUUAUUCCAAUCGCUGGAUUGCUUUAUCUGAUGGGAGUUGAUUCAGCAUUCUUUGACAGACAGCAUUUGGGGAUGGCUGAAAUAACCAGACUCUUUCUACGGAAUGGAUUGACAAACAGCAAAUCUAACAAAGGCUGAGGGUUGCUUUGUGGGAGGGCAAGUUGUACUUUUCUCUUUGUGUUCCAGUUAGAAGGCAUUGAAAGCUAUGGGUCUAAACGUGGGUAGUGAGGAAAUUAAAUCGGCUUUAUAAUAGUUGCUGGCAGCUGUUCACAGAUUUAUAAAGAUUUUGAAACUUGUAAUAUUGUGAUUAUUUUUCGAAGCAUAAGAUGAGCCGUGGAGUUUACAGGCAUUAAAUCUUAACUUCAAGUCUUCAAGCUCCAUCUCUAUUUGUUAAAUAGAAUUCUAUUUUAGUUGUAAGUUCCAAUCUUGGGUCACCAAGGAAAAAUAAACAAGACAAAAUCUAUUGGAAACUGUAAGUGGAAUGUUCUAAUGGUAAUACCUUUGCUGCUGAAAGUCCGAUCCUUUCUUCCUUGUCAUGAUUCUGGCUAUCAGGCUGUUGUAUGCAUUUGUCCAACAGAAGAAACUUGAGUUCUCCUUUGCUAGGAAACUAUGUGUGCUUGCCAUUUCUUAACUUCCAGUUUUGGUGAGCUAAACAGGUAAUCCUUCUUACCUCCUAAUUACUGCACAGAGUCUAAUCUUCAGUCCUCUAGUCACUGGAGUGACUAUUUGAAAUUCCUGUAUUCAUUUAGUACUUUUUGUGGGGAGUGGUUGCCAGAACUGGCUAUGAUGUUCUCAUUGCUGCUGCACCUUCCACAUUUUUCUCAGUGGAGUCCUUUGGUCAGAGAGUCUUACCCAGAGCUUGUGCCCACCUACUCAUCUUCCAUCCCUCUCUGCAGUUCUUCAGCAUCUGCUGCUCCACAGAACAAUGCUACGUUCUGUAAAGCGCUUUCCUGGCUCUGACUAUGGCUAUGUUGAGACACCAUUUUACCCACUUCCAUAUAGACUGUUUUCAAGGAGUUUUCAUUAUUUGUGUUGUUUACUCAUUGAAGCUUGUGUGAACUGGGAUGUUACUAAGACUUCGGGCUUCUUUUGUGUCUGCUGAUAACACAUUAAAUAGCUCAAGCCUGGGAACACAUUCUUGUAUAAACUCAAUGAAAAUAUACCUGAUAAUUAAUUUCUCAAUUACAGUCAUUACAGUUAGUCUUAAUUUCUUUACUGUAUCAUGUUUAGCUCCCUAACCAACAUAGUGUGCAGUCACCACACACACUGUAUUGCAGAGCCCUUAGCAAAUUGUAUCAGCACAAUCACUUUUCAUGGCAAACUCAUUCCAUUGUUUUUCUGCAGCUCGAUGACACAAUAGCAGGCUCGCAAUUUGAUUACUUGUACUUUGAAAACAUUGGUAAGGGACUGGUGUUUUUCCAAUCUUCUGCAGCUUUCCUGGUUUUCAAAGCCUUAUUAAAAAUUGAUAUUGAUGGACAAGAUGGUUUUUCAGCUUUCAUGGCAUGGAAUGGUCCCUCGAGAACACGUUGCAGAGCCAACAUCUGCGAAGGGGGAGACCUCUGCUCUGCGGCUCAGGAGGGUUAAGUUACUCACUCCUGCCCUCAAGUCAGAAAGAAGGUCAGAGGCUUGUGCAAAGAGGCACAGCUUUUGUGAAAUCCUGUUGCUAGUAAGCACAGAGCACCUUGAUGUGACCAGAAACAGAUGAGCAGUCUUGGGAGCUUUCUUUUAAACAGAAGAAUACAAAAAGAUCUGGCAAUACAAAAUUUAGUUUCUUUUUUUUUCUUUUUUUUUUUUUUUCGUGACACUGGCCGAAGAGUGUAAGACCCUUAACCAUCUUGUGCUGCAUUUUACUGUUGCAGCUGCAGUUUGCUCCUACUCCCAUCUUCAGGCUUGGUUUGCACUCUUGGUGCUGCACAUUUGCUUUGCAUCCAGCAGCGUGUUCUCUGGAAUGGAAAGUGUUCAAGUAAUGGCCUUGUCACGUAACAGGCUCUGAGUUAUGUAAUCCAAUAUUUCAUGGGGUUUUAAAACUACCAGUGCACAGAAGAGAAAGCACUAAAUGAAAUGCCCAUGGAAGACAGCGGUAAAUUAGGUCAUCUAUUCAAUUUUUCAUCUCUUGAGUUUUUUCAAGCCUAGGAGCAUCCUGAGCAGUACAAGUCUAAGAAUUUGUGGUCUUAAAAUGAGGAAAUAAUGGAUGAGGAGACCAUUAUGAGACAGAUAUACAAGGAGCUGUACCCCCUUCCCCUUAUUUAUUUUUUUUUCAAGGCAGUAGAAGAAGGAGUUUUGCUGGUAAAGCUGACUGAAUCCAUCUUGGGUUUAUCAACCUCCUUUCAUAUCCAGCUGAUCGUAAUUCAUUACACCCAAAUGGGAGCUGUUUCCUAGCAGGGCUGAUGCAACUCCGAUUGGAGCGAAAUGAUUUUAUUUAAUAAAGAAUGAACCUGUACAAAUGACGCUUGAAGAACAGUCUCUUCUCUUACCUCUCUUCCCUUUUCCUCCCACCACUGCAGAGGUACAAUCAAAAUUUAAGCCUCUGUACAUGGGCGUAGCUCCCUUGCUAUCGCUGGUGGUAUGCUUACUCACCCACAGAAAACACGAUCUCUGUGCUUUACAGUACAGUUACAAAUUUUCAGUGAUUCCCCCUUGUUUUUAGCGCUCAAGUUAUUUUCUUGGGAUGAUAUUUGGUAGCCUAACAUAUAGCACUGGUAGGGUGAUGGUAACACUCUGCUGCGUGUUUUCUCUUCCUUGGCUUUCCAUCUCAUUUUCCCUGUACAGAAACUUUUUUGAGCACUUGGGCAGGCUGGAGGAUAAAUUAUUUUUCGUGCUGUAAGCCUGUUAGCAUCAUGCUGCAGAACGGGGAGGAAAAAGGGUUUGCUUCUGCUUCGCGAUUAAAAAUAAAUGAGAUGUGUAGUAAUUUGUGAUACCUUUGUGUAACGGGGCAUAUGAUGAAGCCCCUCUGUUUGCAUUGCUAACUAUCGGGCGCUGGGAUGCUUGCUGUAGUUUGGGGUGAUGCAGACUAGGCGGAGUAAAGCUGAGUCUGUGGGGUGAACAGCACAGGGCUGAGAAAACAUGCCUGAGAGCAGCCUGCAGAUGGGCGAGAUAAACAGAUCCCCCGGCUGCAACGGAGGAGGCAGGCCUCUUUAAUGGCUCUUAGCAACGCCCCUGCUCUGACCCUCCUCAUAUGUGAGGAAAAUCAAAUCGAUACACUGUUCUUCAAACCACGAUGCUGCAGUGGCAGCAGGGCAUUGUGGCAGCCUCCGUCUCUUAAAUCCAUUGACUCUUUUCAGGUUGCUGAUCUGUAUAUCCAUCCCUGCAUCUCUCCUGAAGAAGAACCUGACUGCAUCUCAAAAGGAUUCCCGGAGCUCCCAUGUAUAACCUUCUUCUUACUGGCAAGCAUUAGAGAUGGCUAACAGAGGACCAAGCUAUGGCUUAAGCCGAGAAGUUCAGGAAAAGAUUGAACAGAAAUAUGACCCAGAAUUAGAGUCUAGGCUGGCAAACUGGAUUAUCGUGCAGUGUGAGGAACAGAUCGAACCCCCUCCUCCUGGAAGGCAGCAUUUCCAGACCUGGCUGAUGGAUGGAACGCUGUUAUGCAAGUUAAUAAACAGUUUACAUCCAAAGGGAAAUGAACCCAUUGCAAAGAUCUCUGAAUCAAAAAUGGCUUUCAAGCAGAUGGAACAAAUUUCUCAGUUCUUAAAAGCUGCUGAAAUCUACGGAGUAAGAACAACAGAUAUUUUCCAGACAGUGGAUUUAUGGGAAGGGAAGGACAUGGCAGCAGUGCAGAGAACCUUAAUGGCUCUAGGCAGUUUGGCAGUCACCAAGGAUGAUGGAUGCUACAAAGGGGACCCAUCCUGGUUUCACAGGAAAGCACAGCAGAAUCGACGAGGAUUUUCGGAAGAGCAGCUUCGUCAGGGACAGAACGUAAUAGGCCUUCAGAUGGGCAGCAACAAAGGAGCCUCACAGUCGGGUAUGACGGGCUAUGGAAUGCCAAGGCAGAUUAUCUAAAAGCACCUCUGUCUGUAGAGAAAACACUCCUUCUGCAGCAUGUUCUGUUCAACAACAACAACAGGAAAAAAAGAAAAAAAGCUCAUUAGUUCUCUUUCUGCCUGGUUUUAAUAGUUAGUGCUCUGAGGUGUGGGGUAUUUUUGGUUUGGUUUGUUUUAUUUGCAGCUACAAGAGUUCCUCUAGGAACUUGGGUUUUCGUGGUGUUGUGUGUCAGUUCACAGCACGUGCGCGCUGCUGCCUCCUACUUUUCACUUCUGAACUAUGCAAAGACAAUUAUUCUGUAUUAAUUUAUUUGCGAAGCGUUAUCUUCCAUAUUUGUCUCACACUUCUCUUGUAUCUCAACCAGUAACCUCGUUCUUCGAUUCAGUGAUGAUAUUGUUUGAUCUAAGAAUAAAGACGUUA